AUGAUUGUGAAUCUUUCUCUAGCUGUAUUCAGGGGCUCAGGAACAAGAGAUGUUUGCUGCGCCAAGCUCGCCUGCUCCCCAGCUCUGAUUCGUGCUGGAUCCAGAAUUGUAUAUAGACCAAUUUCUGCAGCAGUGUUGUCUCUACCAGAGGCCAGGACUGGAGAGGACAACACAGUAUCUAAUGGGCCCCAGAACAGAGUGUCUCAGCUAGCACUAAGGGAGUCCCAGACCAGUGCUAUCAGCAGGGACGUUGAUACUGCUGCCAAAUUUAUUGGUGCAGGUGCUGCCACAGUAGGAGUGGCUGAUUCUGGUGCUGGUAUUGGAACUAUCUUUGGUUCUCUCAUUAUUGGUUAUGCCAGAAAUCCAUCACUGAAGCAGCAGCUGUUCUCAUAUGCUCUCCUGGGAUUCGCCUUGUCUGAAGCUAUGGGUCUCUUUUGUUUGAUGGUUGCUUUCCUGAUCUUGUUUGCCAUGUAAUAAACUGCUAUUCAGAAUGUUGACAUUUAAUACAAAUUAUUGAUGUUAUUCUGUGUAUCUUACUG